AAUGAGCUAGCAAGCAAGCAAAAAGUAAGGGCAUAAAAUCCAAUUAAUAUAAGGAUAAAUCAAAUCAAUCUCCAUAAAUCUAAAUGCAAUCUGAUCCAGCUAUGCAAUUAUUGACAGCUUAAAAAAACCAACCCCUUUAAUUUUUGAAGAUCUCUCUUUCUCUUUAACCUACUGAUUUUAGCCUUAUAAUGCUACAAAAUUUUUGAGCAAAAUCAUCUCAAUUCUUGAUUCUUUCUUGGUUUUUAAUUCUUACUUCUUCUUCUUCUCAAGUAUUUUUGUUUUCUUCUUUUUGUUGAGAAAAAGAGAAAUGGGCAGUAAUUAUUUUGGUGAACCAAAUUAUUUGGGAAAUGAAAGAUCAUCAUCUUCAUCAGGAUCAUCAAGAAAAAGCAAGAAAAAUAAUUCAGAGAAGCAAAAUAAGCAACCACAAAGAGGACUUGGUGUUGCUCAAUUAGAGAAAAUUAGAUUACAUAGUGAAAUGGGUUGUUCUAAUUACAAUCUUCCUUCUUCUCUUCACAAUAACCCUUAUACCACCAAUCUCACACAGGAGGAAAUGAGACUACAAACAACAUAUUCAUCAUCUCCAUCAUUUUCAUACUCGUCUUCUUCAUCACCUUCUUAUGGUUUUCCUGGGCACCAAGGCAUUAUGAUGGGGUUGAGUGGCAUUGAAGGAGCAAAUAUUAGAUAUGGAGAUUCUCAGCCUACUUCUAUAGCAAGUACUUGGCAUCCUGGCACAGUAUAUGAACCUCAACAUUAUGCUCACCCUAAUAUGACUAGACAUCUCCAUAAUGUGCAAGUAGAGGAUUCAAUGGAAAGGAGGAGGAAGAAAGACAGAAGUGACUCUAUUGGUUCGAGUAGUCAGAAUUCUGAAUCAAAUGGCUGUCAAGAGUUAGAUUUGGAGCUCAGACUUUCCCUUUGAUCUUCUACUACUACUACUACUUCCUAGGGAAUUUGUUCGGUGUCUCGGAGUUAUAAUCUUCCUAUUAAUGAUUGUGACAGCUUUUAUAGGAUAUGUACUUCCUUGGGAUCAGAUGCAUGGAUUGAAGAUAUAUGUUAUGAUACAUAGCUAAUAGUUUUCAAAAAAUAGAGCACCCUUUGGUUUGGAUUUGUAAAGUUGCACAAAGUCAAUUUGAGCAGCUUAUUGAAAUUCGAUACUGUUGGACUGAAACGAGCUUAGUUGGAGCAACAUGAACAGUAAAGAUUUAUACAGCCGACCUAAACUUUUGGGCUUAAA